AUGGGUAAUCACUUGUCAUUCACAAUAACGGAAAGCGAGCUGGCACGACAAAAGGCCAGCGAGGGCACAGGCCCGACGCUGGAGCCGCGAGGCACGCCCGACGCUAUUAUGGUUAUUGUUAUUGCCCUGGUUUACGUGAUAGACUUUAUUGCAACCAUCUACGUGCUGUGGAACAGAAAUUAUCCUCCGCUAAAAGCGAAAAACCCCAUCAUCAUGGCCUGUGUGAUGGUAGCAAACAUCAUGUGGCUCGUCGGAGACCUCCAGGCCAACGGACACGUACCGUUGGCAAACACGCCCAUGGUCAAAUGUAUGGUGUUUGGAGUAUGGUUGCGGUUCUUUCUAGGCGUUUGUGCCAUGUUUUCGUUGGUCUCGCUGAGGACGUACGGGUUGUAUCGCGUGUUUAGGCGGAAUCUUCCAUAUCACACCUUGGGACUGUAUCUUCCGUUUGCCAUUUACUGUUUGUGCUCUAUUGUUUUUGGGAUUAUAUCGCUGGUGCUGCAGCCCACUCAAACGGCCAAAUUCAACCCGCAACUCGAUCUGUGCAACUACAACGCAGACUACCUGAUUGGCAUGUUUUUGUUCCUGUGGGUGACCGUGGCCAUUGGAGUAAUCCUUCAAUGGAAGAUUCGCAAUAUCAAGAGCUCGUUUAACGAGAGCCGCGAGACGCUGAUUGCAAACAUAAUUAUAUUUGUUGCUCUUAUGUUUGCCACUGUCAUGCGCUAUGUCCUUCCGAGAUAUCCUCUAAAAAUAAGCCUGCGCAUUAUCAACACAUGUCUGGACCACCUCGUCGGAAAUUCAGUGUGGUGGUUUAUCAUGGGAGUGCCCCUGUACAAGUGCCUGUUUGAUCGCGAGCGGUACCUCAAUCAGUGGAUUUCAAAGCUGCGCAAGGACGGGCUACAGAAGGAGUACAAUGUUGUUUUGGAUUCAACCGCUACUAGCAGCCACGGAGCAUCGAGAUCACACAAAAUGCAAGGCUCACUGUUGCGCAUGAACUCAGUGGGCAGCAAGGGAGGCGGGGCGUUUUACCCGAUGAACGACAGUAUCCAUGAUGACAAGGAUGCCGGCUUUAGCACGCUCGAUUUAAAUCAGCAAUUUGGGCUGUUUGAUACCAACAAACAUCGACUUGUUUAG